AUGCGCCUCUCAACUCUCUUCUUGUCGCUCGCCAGCGUGGCCUCUACCACUGCUGCUGCCCUCUCCAAGUUCCAGUUGACGCAGCCUACAUUCUCCAAUAACGUCAUUUUUACGCCUCCCAGGAACGCUGGCUGGACUGACCCGGAGGUCCUGUAUGCCCGCAGUGCCCAGCUCAGCGACGGCUCGCUCCUUGCAACAUGGGAGAACUACUCGCCUGAACCGCCCAAAGUCUACUUUCCCAUUUACAAGUCUGUCGACGGUGGUCAGACAUGGAAGGAAAUCUCGCGUGUCCAGGAUACCCAGUACGGGUACGGCCUGCGCUACCAGCCUUUUCUCUACGUCUUGCCUGGAAGCAUUGGUGGUUACCCUGCUGGAACGGUCCUCAUCUCCGGCUCGGCCAUCCCUACCGAUCUCUCCACCACGCACAUUGAACUCUAUGCCUCUCGCGACUCCGGCGUGACGUGGGAGUUUGUCUCUCACAUUGCCGCCGGUGGUGAAGCUCGCCCCAACAACGGCCUGACACCUGUCUGGGAGCCCUUCCUGAUGAUGCACAAGCAGACUUUGAUCUGCUACUACUCGGACCAGCGCGAAAAUGCCACUUACGGCCAGAAGAUGGUGCAUCAAACCACCACUGACCUCAAGACCUGGGGCCCUGUUGUCAAUGACGUGACAUACUCUCCAUACACCGCCCGUCCAGGCAUGCCCACUGUUGCCCAGCUGCCCAACGGAAAGUACAUCAUGACUUACGAGUACGGUGGUGGUCCCGCUAUCCCCAGCUCUUACCAGUUCCCCGUCUACUACAAGAUUGUCGACGACCCCGAGAAGUUUGGCGCAGCCACAGGCAUCAGCCUCAAGGCCACCGAUGGCACAAUUCCCACUGGCUCUCCAUACGUCGUCUGGACCCCAGCUGGCGGCGACAACGGAAUGAUCAUCGUCAAUGCAUACAGCGGUUCACAAGUCUUUGUGAACAAGGGUCUUGGACAAGGCGAUUGGGUCAAGAUCGACACACCCCAGCCCAACGCUUACACCAGGGACCUUCGCGUGCUCAGUGACACAUCCAAGUUGCUGAUCAUGGGUGGUGGAAAGCUACCCCCUAGCACCACCAACGCGAUCAGCGCUAGUGUUGUCGAUAUGAGCACAUGGUAA